UUAAUCCCUUUAGUAUUGAUCAAAGCAUCAUCGUCCUCGUCAUCGUCACUUUGUUUCGUCCGCCUUUUAAAAACCCUUUCUAAAGUCUGCGAAACACCUCCCAGCUUCUCUUAAGCAAAUCCUCUCUGUACAUCUGAUUGAUUCGAUGGGUUUUAGCAAAGAAGAGAUUAGUAAAACCAGAAAGCUUUGGUCAUCUCUAUGGAGAGGAAUCAAAACUGUCUUCGUUUUGUUCACAAUGUUCCUUUCCUUUCUCCUCGUCUCUGCUCCGAUCUUCCUCGCCGUCGCCGAUGCUCUUCUCCCUUCCGCUCUCCUCCACCGCCUCUCUCCGCCGGCGAAUCUCUCUUCUCAUCUCACCAACUACGAUUUCCGUCACUCCCUCAUCGAUAUUCCCUUGAUCUCUAUCAUUAGAUCCGCUGUUAUACUCUGUGUUUAUGGACUCUGUGAUGGACCAAAACUGUCUAGAGGACCGUAUCUGACAAUAACAAUGAUCUGCUCAGUUUUAUCUCUAAUCUACGUUUCGUUAAAAGCGGCGUUUGUAUUCGGCGAGCCACAGAUCGGAGACGGCGGAGGAAACUACUUCAGAGCGGCGGAAGUGGCUCUGUUUCUCUGCUCGUCGGUUUUAGCCAUAGGUCACAUCGUUGUUGCUUAUCGAACAAGUUGUAGAGAAAGAAAAAAGCUUCUCGUCUUCAAAAUCGACAUUGAAGCUGUUUCGGCUUGUAAAAACGUGUACCCGAGAUAUCAAAAGAUCCUACAACAAGAGAGACUCAAGUAGAGACGCAUUUUUUUCAGGAUCGAAUCAAAAUAUACUUGUAAAUAUAUAUGUAUACACAUACUUCAACAUGUAAAUACAAAUAUAAAACUAAGCGACGUAUAAAUGUAACUUGUUACUUCUGCCUUUCGUUCGGCGUUGACCCAUCAACUCCUUCGCUUUUUAAGUUUCAGAAGGAUCCAAAGCGGAAGGAAGAGAUCAGGGAAUGGAGAUUUGUAUAACCUAUAUGCUUCUUUAAUGUUAUGAGACAACUCAGAUGAAUUGGCAGUUGUUUAGCUUUAACAUUAGAUUAGUUAGGGCGAUUUGUAAAUAAUAAUCCAAAUUUCAUCAAUGCAAAAAGAAGCCCAAGGCAUCUUCUUAUUUUUGUCUUACC